UGAUUCUGAAGAAGAAAUUGAUAAUACAUCUAAUUUAGAAACAGAUCCUAUUGAGUUAGUAAAUCAGUGGAAUAUAAUUAUUAGAGAUUGGUUUAAUCUUUUAGAUGAUGAAGAAUUUGAAAGUGAAGAAAUUGAAAUUACUAACCAUCUAGCAACUAAUCAAGAUGCAAAGUGA